GCUCUCGCGUGUGUGGCAGUAGCUGUAGAUGCGCACCAGGAGACAGCAGCGGGCAGACCACCAGACACAGAGUCCGUGAGAGAGCGCUGAAUGCUUAACGUCUAGCUGUUGUUUUCUCUUAAUUUCACGUUUCUCGGGCGACGGAAGAGUAAAAGAAAUCGAGGACAGCUGCCUCGGUGGAUAUCCGAGAUGGCGGGAUCAGGGACGGUUGAUCUGUUUGUGGGAUUUGUGCUAGUUUUGCAUGCUCUGGGAAGUGUUUUCCAGAUCACCCGAGGAGAACUAACAGCGGAAGGAGCUGCUUAUUCAAUUCUUCGGGGAUGGUCACAUGAUGAUGAUGUCACAGUGGAGCUUUUGAGAAGGAGGCGAUGGCUUCUUCUGGAGCCCCUUUCAAUGGAAAGUAACAAAGCCAGUCAAGACAGUUUAAAGCCUGAGUCUCAGGAUUCACCCGGAAUACUGCCUGAUGAUGAGGCAGACAACAGCUCCCAAAUAAUGGAGGACACAGAUCAUAAUUAUUACACCUCAAAGACAUAUGGCCCCAAUGACCCUAUGAGCAUAGAAUUAUGGGUAAACAUCAAUCAGAUGGAUAAAGAGAAAGUGAAGAUUCAUGGCAUCCUCUCCAAUACACACAGACAAGCUGCGAGGGUCAAUCUCUCCUUUGAUUUUCCAUUUUACGGGCACGCUUUGCGAGAGAUCACAGUUGCAACAGGCGGGUUCAUCUACACAGGUGAUGUGGUACACAGAAUGUUGACAGCCACACAGUACAUCGCUCCACUCAUGGCAAACUUUGACCCCAGCCUCUCGAGAAACUCAACUGUCAUUUACUUUGACAAUGGAACUGCAUUGGUUGUUCAGUGGGAUCACGUCCAUCUCCAGGAUUCUUAUCAUCAAGGAAGUUUCACUUUUCAGGCCACAUUACACAGCGACGGGCGAAUUGUCUUUGCCUACAAAGAGGUCCCAGUACAGAUCGCAAAGAUCAGCUCUGUCAAUCAUCCGGUAAAAGUUGGGCUGUCUGAUGCCUUUGUGGUGGUCCACAAGAUUCAGCAGAUCCCCAAUGUUCGGAGGAAGACUAUCUAUGAGUAUCACCGAGUGGAGUUGCUCAAGACCAAAAUUACUAACAGUACAGCUGUGGAAAUGAUGCCACUACCCACAUGCCUUCAAUUCACAAGCUGCUCCUCGUGUAUAGAAUCACAGAUUAACUUCAACUGCAGCUGGUGUCAUCGGCUCAAUAGAUGUUCCAGUGGCUUUGAUCGCCAUCGACAGGACUGGGUGGAUAACAGUUGUCCAAAUGAGACGAAGGAUAAUACCUGUGACAUCAUCAACACUACUAAUCUUCAGACCACUGCGUCGGUUGCCAAGAUGACAACAAGAAACAGAGGAACUACUGAGAGUCACUCUACCCAAGCCACAUUGCACAUGCCCACGAGCAUACCUACAGAAGAUGACACCAAGAUUGCACUACAUCUUAAAGACAAUGGAGCUUCUGCAGCUAAAAGCACGGCAGAGAACGGCACACAUUCACUGCACAUGGGGCUGAUUCUCGGCGUGCUCAUGCUUCUGCUUGUGAUGGUUGUCAUCGUUCUGGUGACCGUCUACAUCUACCAUCACCCGAGCUCUGCUGCGGGACUCUUUUUCAUUGAGAGACGUCCCAGCCGAUGGCCUGCCAUGAAGUUCCGGCGGGGUUCAGGUCAUCCUGCAUACGCAGAAGUAGAGCCUAUCGGUCAGGAAAAAGAAGGUUUUAUUGAGUCAGAGCAGUGCUGAGGUUUGACAUUUGACUUCUUAAAUCACACACUGCCCGGGAACCUUUCUGAUGUCUUUUUACAAAUCCACACUUCUUGAACAAUAAAGUUCAACCAUUCCUUCAAAUGCAUAACAAUGACAAUGAGGCUAUGGCAUUUGAAUGGAGAGGCAUCCAAACAUUGAAAUGCUCGGAUCCAACUAUCAUCACUCAUAAUGACAUGACUCAAAUGCACAUCCAGAGAAAAGGUAUGUUAAUCAGCUGGAUCAGUUACGAGCCCCAAAGCUUCUGUAAACGCUGCUUGGUUCCUGACAAGACAGAGGAGCAGCUCUUUAAACCCUGAUUGUACUGGACGAGACUUUUGAUUCUCUAAUUUGAUGGGCCUGUCAAAGAUUUACAUUUACUCAUUUGGCAGACGCUUUCGUCACUUACAUUGCAUUAUACUAUACAUUGUAUCUGAGUAAAGUUAUUUGCAAUCCCCUGGGAUUGAACCCAUGACCUUGGUAUUGCUAGCGCCAUGCUCUAACCACUGAGCCACAGGGAAGCUAAAGAUGAGUUGUUCGUUCUUUUUAUUACAGUUUAUGGUCAUUUUUGAUUAAAUUGAGAUUCAUUCAUUUGAUUCAGCUGUUGGAAAUCUUAUAUAGACCUUUAUAUAUACUGUAUAUUUUAAUGGUUUUCUUUCAUCUUUCUUUUCUAUCAUUUUUUUUGACCAUUGUAUGUUUAAUGACAGAUACUGUACUGUGUUUCUUCUUCAGUGUGUACUUCUCUGAAAACACUUUGGACAGACAUGCACACUGCAGUUUGGAUUAAAUAGGAAAAUGUUCUGUGAACAGUACUGAAUAUUAUGUAUCCAUGCAUAUUCCAUUUAAUGCACAUUUAUUGUUUUCCCCUCGAUUUAUGUUGCUGAUGCAAAUUAGACAAGACAGGCGCUUGUGAGAUGUAUGUAUGUUCAAGUGUAUGUACUGUAUGUAAAAGUUGAUUUUGCGGUACAUAGUAAUAUCUUACAUUUUUAUGACAGAAUGAAAGGCAUUCAAAGAAGCCUUUCCUAACAGCUGUACUGCUGACAUUUAUUUGAGUUAUAAUGUCAGUUAUAUUUCAUAUGGUGUAGAGGGAAUUUCCAUACUGCUGAAAUACAUGUAAUGAAUUCAUUUAAAGUCAAGGAUACGACUCGUUAUUCUAGAAAAAUAGUGCAUAUCACAUGCAAUACAAAUUUUUAAUAGAAUUUAAUGGGUUCUGUAAUAAUGUGGUACUAUUUUGAUUUUGAAGGAUAUUAACAUUUAUCCUUAUAAAUCUCAUUAUGGUACUUGCAUAUCUUUUUACAUGACCAAAGAAGUGUUAUACACGCAUACAUUGGCGUAAUCAUAAGAAAAGUAUGUAGCACCAACCUUAUCUAAACACACCCAAAACUUCCCUUCAUCUAUUGGCCAAAACACUGAUUAUUCUAGAGCGGUAUAAUGAUUAGUCCUACUUUGAAUUGUGAACAUAUUGAGCUGCUGUUUGGUACUAUGGUUUAAUGACAUUUACAUGGUUAAAUGUCAUAUUACAUAUAUGGUUUAGUGACAUUUAAAACUGGCAUGUGGCAUUUAAACCAAACAUCCCAUAUCUCCUUAAUACCGUACAACUAGUUAAGAUACACAAAAGAUAUUUGCUUCUUUUUUUAAACAUUUCAACAAGCCUAUGCAUAGAAAGUUUCUUUUUUUAGAAAGUAAAUUUGUCGUUUUAAUGGUUUUCACAAUCUAUAUUGUUUCAAAGUUACAGUCUUCUUAUCCUCAUAACAUGGUUCUGAAUUCGAUUGUAUCGCCUUCUUCACUGGAACAACCUGAUUUUUGCAGCGGAUGUAACCUGAAUGUGUGUAUGUAUGUACCUGUGUGUGACAUUGGUUUUAUCUGAAUGUGUUUGGGCGCUGAUGUGAGAUAUAAAGUUUAUUUGAAAGAUCAUCUCAAAAUGUUUGAUAAGCAGUAACAGUUUUUAGUUUCUGUGCUUUGUAAAUUGGAGAAAACAAAACCCAUGUUAGUGACCUGAAGUUUUAUAAUCAUAUUAGUCAUGUUGUGUCACACAUUGAGAGACAGUGAAAUACACAAAACUGUAAUCUGCGCACUCUUGUGUUACUACUGUCAUUUUGAUUACAUAAUAAAGUUUGUUUAAAUAAUAAAGCUGUUUAAACCGAUAAUG